AUGUCUAUCAACGGCAGAAAUGCAGGAUCGCAAGGUUAUCGGGAAAAUGGACGUGUUUAUGGAGAGUUUCGUCCUGGACGUUAUUUAUUCCCCAUCGAUGAGGAAGAAAAAGACAGGUUUGACGUCCUUCACCGAGUUGUGUCGUUGGCUCGGCAGAAUAAGCACUUCGACAACGAGGUUCCGGACCGCGCCCGAGUUCUCGAUCUCGGCACGGGCACUGGCAUAUGGGCAAUCGAUGUUUCCGACGCCCUCUGGAAGGGACCUGAGAACCACGGUCUCGUACAUGGACUAGAUCUUGCUUAUAUACAGCCCGCCGACGUACCAUCUACAGUGUCUUUUAUGCAGGCAGAUGUAGAAGAACCCUGGCCGCUGCGCGAGAAUGAUUACGACAUGAUACAUAUUCAGCUUUUGAAGGGUGGGAUUCGGGAUUGGACGGAUCUCUACCGGAAGAUUUUCAGGCAUCUGAAACCUGGAGGCUAUCUGGAACAUGUAGAGAUCGACUGGACGUUCCGGUCUGACGACAACACACUCACCUCCGACACAGCUCUGGUGGCUUGGAGCGAAGCUGUGCAUCGGGCGUUACGGACCUUUGGCACGCCACUGGACAUCAAUGACAGAAUCAAAGGUGACCUCCAAGCGCUUGGUUUCACGGACGUAACCGAGACAAUUGUCAAGCUCCCGAUCAACCCCUGGGCCGACAAUAAGCAUGACCAAGAGUUGGGUCGAUGGUUCAAUCUUGCAGCCACUCAUGCCGUCAACGCCAUGAGCCUAGCACCACUCACCCGGGUUGAGGGUUGGCCCGUCGAACAAGUACAGAGUCUCGGAAGCGAGGUGAAGAAGAACCUCUGCAAACUAAGCAUCCAUGCAUACUGCAGACUAAACCGCACUACAGACCAGACGCCCCUAAACUGGACGAAAGCACAACAUCGAUUGGGUCAUCGAGCCUUUUCCAGCCUCUGUAUACUACCACUAUCAUCACCGCCUUUGCCAUAUAUCAUCACUUUAUUCACCAAUAUCUCAUCGUCCUUAGAAUACAUCCUGGUAGCCUUCGCUUCGAGGCCAGCUUGGGGCUCGACAUUGGCCAGCGAGUUCGCUAUAGUGAAGAAUCUCACUGUCCAACGCAACCGCGGCCUCUAA